GAAGGUGAAAGCAGUAUACAGGUGCCAGCCAGGUCGGCUCUGGGUCGGCUUCAGCCUCCUCAUCUUCCUCUUGGUCAUGCUUCAAGUCGUGGAGAAGAUGCAGCCUGCCAAAAACUGCCGGUGUGAGCUGGAGCAUGCCCUGCAGCAGACCACAGACCACAGCCAGAAGAGGCUGAGCUAUGGCCUCCAGUCCCCCGACCUGCUGUGGGAGGACGAUCCCCAGCACUGGCAGAGGAACGCCGUGCCCGACCCCACUUUGAGCGAGACCACAGAGGAUGUUUUUCAGAUGCAUCUGUACUUCAACCAGGCAACCCCACUGGAAAGCAGCCCAGGCAGCCAAGAGGAGCACUGGACGUGGCAGCCUGCAGAGAGCAACAGGAAGGUGCAAGCCAAUCCUUCAUCCACAGGGCUGAAACCCCAGCUUCCUAGCCUGAGCAAAGCAGCCAGAGAGGGUCCUUCUCCAAGUCUUCCUGGGAAGGUCUCCACAGUCUGGGGAGAUGCUGAGGCCGUCACCAGCAAAUUCAUAAUCUUUGCACACAGGAUGACUGCUGAGGAGCACAAGAGAACGUCACCACCAGAAACAACGCAGGUCGCGGCACAGAGCCGGUCUCAGCCUCAAGCCAUGGGUUCCCCACACCAUCAGUUGGGCAACUCACUCAAACAUGCUGUACCUAAUUCAGCUCCACCUCCACAGGCAGAGGACUUUUACAAGGCAGACCCGGAGAGGGGAUAUUUCCCAAGCUGGACAGAAGUCUCAAAGGUUGAUGAGGUGACUCUUGGAGAAGGCCAGCAGGCCAGAGGGGUCUCCUCUCAAGGGCAGACCUGUAAGCCCAAGACUGACAUUGUUUUCCUGAAAGUCCACAAGAGCGCCAGCAGCACUGUCAUGAAUAUUCUGUUCCGCUUCGGCGAGACACACAACCUCACCUUUGCCUUCCCCAUCGGGGGCGGCAACCAGCUCUUCUACCCACGCCCCUUCUUGGCGAAGUUUGUGCGGGGCUUCUCCCCCAGAAACCCUCAGCAUUUCAACAUCCUCUGUCACCACAUGCGAUUCCUGCAGGCAGAGGUGCAGAAAGUGGUGUCCAGCUCAGCCGUGUACUUCUCCAUCCUGAGGAACCCCGUGCAGCUCAUGGAGUCCUCCUUCACAUACUACAAGGGCACAUCGGCUUUCUCCCGCGCCCACAGCCUGGAGGAGUUCCUCAGCCAGCCCUACCACUACUACAACCCCACUGACGGUGACAGCCACUACGCCAGGAAUCUCAUGACGUUUGACUUUGGCUUCAACCCCGAUGGAGAUGUCUCCACCGAGCGUGUACAACUCAUGCUGAAGGCCAUCGAGGCAUCCUUUGACCUGCUCCUCAUCUCUGAGUACUUUGACGAGUCCAUGGUGCUGCUGAAGGAGGUGCUGUGCUGGGACCUGGACAGCGUUGUCUCCUUCCCACUCAACAGCAGAGACAGCAGCACCAAGUCCCCCCUCUCGGACACCAUCAUGAAGAAGAUAAAGGAGUGGAACAGGCUGGACUGGGAAAUCUACGCCCACUUCAACAGGACCUUCUGGGAAAGGAUCGACCGAGACAUCGGCAGGGAGCGCAUGCAGCAGGAAGUCAAGGCGCUUCGGGCAAGGCAGGCAGAGCUGGCGAGGACCUGCCUGCAAGGGACAGGCAGCGUGGCACCCAAGGACAUCAAGGACUCUUCCCUGCGGCCGCUGCAGCACGGCAGCGCAAAGAUCCUGGGCUAUAACCUCAAGCAGGGCUUGGACAAGGAGACGGAGCUCAUGUGCCGGCGGCUGGUGACCCCCGAGCUGCAGUACAGCAGCGCGCUCUACAAGAAGCAGUUUCCCCAGAAGCCACCCCAGACCCCCCAGCCCGCUCCCUCUCGGCAGGGUCAUGCCCUGCGCCACAGGCUGGAGGACACCCAAAACUGA